AUGCACACAAAACUACGGUACAGUAAUUUUUUAGGCAAAAAAAACUAUUUGCCGCAAGAGCCGCCGAUUGAAACGAUAACCUUGUCCUAUUUAAACCAAUUAUCGUAUCGGAAACCAGUUAGCACCGAACUGAUAACGAUUCUCCGACUCAAUGGCAACAAGUCUCUGUUAUCUUUCUGGGAACUGAAUUCGCAUUCCAAACAAAGGUGAUAAGUCGUUUAUUUUCGAGAUUUGUGCAAGUGUGCAGUUUUUCAGGGAACACUUCGAACUGGUUCAAUGGAUUUUAUAG